AUGUCACCAGUUGGAUUACCACCAGGUUUCAGAUUUCAUCCAACUGAUGAAGAACUUGUCAAUUAUUAUCUAAAGAGAAAAAUCAGUGGUCAAGAGAUUGAACUUGAUAUCAUUCCUGAAGUUGAUCUUUAUAAAUGUGAACCUUGGGAAUUAGCAGAGAAAUCGUUUUUGCCAAGUAGAGAUCCAGAGUGGUAUUUUUUUGGACCAAGGGACAGAAAGUAUCCAAAUGGAUUCAGAACAAAUAGAGCAACAAGAGCAGGUUACUGGAAAUCAACUGGAAAAGACAGAAGAGUUUCAUGCCAAAAUAGACCUAUUGGUAUGAAGAAGACUUUGGUUUACUAUAGAGGAAGAGCUCCUCAAGGAAUUAGAACUGAUUGGGUUAUGCAUGAGUAUCGUCUCGACGAUAAAGAGUGUGAGGACAACUCUGGAUUACAGGAUACCUAUGCAUUGUGUCGCGUGUUCAAGAAAAAUGGAAUUUGUUCAGAUAUGGAAGAGCAACAAGCGCAAGUACAAUGUAACAUGUCACUGAUAGAAUGCUCCCAAACCAUAAUCAAUGAGUGUGAAACGAUGUCUCCAGACAUACUUGGUGCAUCAUCUUCAUGCUUAGAAGAGGAAGACAAAGAUGAUUCAUGGAUGCAGUUCAUUACAGAAGAUGCAUGGUAUUCUUCUAAUGCAGGAAUGGUUGGUGGUGAAGAAGUUUCACAUGUUACAUUUACAAACUAA